CACGAAACACGCGCACGAAAGAGAGAUAAGAUGCCGCGUCCAAAUCACGCGCUCAGCAUUCGAACGGUUACGUAUGGGAGACUCUUCCACUUCUUCCACUUCUUCCAUUUCUCAAGGCACUUUCAAAUCAACGAAACCCUCUCAUUUUCGAGCGAAGAUCAACUUUCAAAAUAUAGAAAUCGUAGUUCGAAAACUGCAUCAAAACACCAUCAACCUCUCUGUGAAGAAGAAUCUGAAGAAAAAACAAACCAAGAAUACUCAACUUUCAGAGAAAAUGGCAGCAAGAAACCAAACCAAAGACCUCAAAUGUGCCACACAUCUCCUGAAUGAUAAGUUCAGAAACAUGACUGAGGAGAAGAAGGCCAUUGUCAGGGAUCUUGGAUUCGGUGGGUUGAUGCACAUCCCACCACUGAGGGUGGAUCACCAACUCUUGAGAGAGUUGGCAAAAAACUUCAAACUUGGGGAGAACAAACUGAGGACAGGAUAUGGUUCUUUCCAUAUAACCCCGAAAAAAAUAGGUGAUGCGCUUGGCAUCAAUGCAACAGGAGAUCUAUUUCCUGAGAAAGUUGACUACAAGAAACUUUCUGAAUCUGACAAAAUAAUUUAUAAAAGAUUCCAGGGUAAGACCCUCAAAAGUCUUACCGAUGAAAUGAUGGAAAUCGGCGUUGGCAACGAAGAGGAACGCCUGAUGUUCAAGAGGAUAUUCAUCCUCUACAUACAGAUGGCGUUCCUUUUGCCAACGACGAUAAACAAAAUAUCGCCGGUGCACCUGGUCCCGAUUUUUGAGAUGGAGGGCAUAGAGGAGAGAAACUGGGGGGGCAUGUCUUGACCUUCAUGAUCAGGGGCAUAACAGACUAC